AUGCAAGUGGAUCAGAAGCUCGAAGACGAGAGGAGCCCUGGAGAUCGUGCCGUGGCAGAGUUGAAAAGAGUGGCUUACAUCCGACACAAGUUCGAGUCAGACUCGCGAGUCCCCAUGUCUGCCACACAGUACAAUGUCUUCUUUGGGUAUGCCCGCAGUAUGAGCCAUGUACAUCAGUUUGGUGAGGUGUCAGACUGUGUUGAAGGUGUUCAAAGAUUGUUCAGCAACUCACUCAUGAUGAGGGAAAAGAGCAACAAGGGGAAAAUGCCCCCUCGGAAAUGCGACAUGUGUAGAGUAAUACAGGGUGCUGUGCUUGGACCUUUGCUUUGA